AUGGGUUCUAAAAGAAUUAGAAAAGAGAUGGGAGGUGCUGAAAAAGAAAGAAGAAAGAAAAGACAAGAAGCAUUAAUAAAAUCUCAAGAAAAUUCAAUGUUAAGGUACGUUACAAGAACUGAAACUCCUAAACUUGAUGAGGUUUUAGAAGAUGAGACUAUAGAAGAUGCAGAGGAUGUUAAUAAUAUAAACAUUGAUGAGGAUGAAGAGAAUGUGGAUGUGACUCAGAACAUGAAUGAUAAUGAGAGUGACGGUGGUGGUGGCAGUGAAAACAAAACAGAGACUGGAAAUAAGGACGAAGAAGAGAAAAAAGAUGGUGUUAAAGAAUAUCAGAUAAGUGGAGAUGUCGAUGAUCCUGGAAACUGGAAAAUAAUUGGUAAUAGAAUGAGAGAUUUUCUUGUUGAGAAAGGUCCAACAAUGCGACGAAUCAGACCAUUGACAAACAUAUUCAAGAAGAGGUUAACAAAGAGAAACAAUACUGGGAACUUUCAGUUUGUGUUUGGAAUGAUUAUUUGGUAUGAGCUUUUGUUUGUUGUUAACAAAGUGAGCAAGAUCCUGCAGUUAGAAGAUAUGGAUAUUGAUAUUGCUAUUGCUCAAUUGAAAGGACUUGUUUCUUUUUUUAAGGAUUAUAGAGAAACUGGCUUUCAAGCAGCUAAGAGGGAAGCUGAAAGGAUUGCUAGUGAAAUGGAAAUUGAUCCUGUGUUCUCUAAAAAAGCAAACCGUCCUACUAAAAGAAAACAGUUUCAUGAUGAAGAGCCAGAUAAUGUUGGAGAAGAUGUGGUGCUAACACCUGAAGAAGAUUUUAGGAUCAACUACUUCAUCAAAAUUGUGGAUCAAGGUUUGGUUUCUCUUGAGAGAAGGUUUGAUCAACUUCAAGGUUAUGAGAAGACUUUUGGAUUCUUAUUCGACUUAAAAAAACUGAAGCUAGCUGAAGAUGACAAGCUGAUGGUUUCUUGUGCUAAUCUUGAAGUUUUUCGGAAGCAUGGUAAUUAUUCUGAUAUUGAUGGUGAUGAUUUGUUUUUGGAGCUGAAGCUUUUGAGGGCGGGUUUACCUGAAGGUAUUACAAAAGCUGCUGGAAUAUUGGAGUUUUUGAAAAAGAGGGAAAGUUUGUAUCCAAAUACAUGGACAGCAUAUCGUAUAAUGAUGACAGCUCCUGUUUCUGUUGCCUCAGCAGAAAGAAGUUUUUCAAAGUUGAAGCUCAUAAAAUCGUAUCUACGGUCGAGUAUGUCACAAGAGAGGCUUAAUGGGUUGUCAAUGUUGUCGAUUGAGAGGGAUAUGGCUGAAAAGCUUGAUUAUACAAACUUGAUGAAUGAGUUUGCGGGAAGAAAUGCAAGAAGAAUCAUAUUUCAGAAGUAAUGUAUUGAUCUUUCAUGUUUUAAAACGUUUUUGUUUAAGAUUUUUUGUUUAUUUGUUUAAAAACAGUUAGUAGAAAAAUUUAUGAA